AUGGUCGAUGAACUGUCGAGUUAUAGGAAUUAUGUCCGGAGGUUAAGGGGGUUGCUGCUUAUUGCUGGAUUAUGGCCGACGAGAAAAUUGGACUGUUCAGCGUAUCAUUUUAUGUGCUAUUUCAAUACCUUCGGCUGUUUCAUUCUGAGUUGCGCAACUUUGAACUAUGGUCGGGUACAUUCUAACGAUCUCGAGCUACUGACUAAAAGUAUCGGCGUUGCGGGGAGUUUUGUGUCGGCGACGUUGAAGGUUACAUGUCUCCGCAUGAAUUACAAAAUGUUGGCAGAUCUUCAGCACACCCUCGAGAAAUACUUCGAGGAGAGUAUUACGAAUCCGAAAAUCCGAACCGAAGUUUUCAGCCACCUGAAUAUCUAUUCGCAGCCGUUUUAUGUGUUUUCAAUGGUAGUUUUUCUCCUUAUUUUUCUUAUUCUGAUAGCACCACCAAUAGUUAUUUGUAUAGAAUUGUCGAAAGAUAUUUAUCCACUACAUUAUCUACUGCCGUAUGCCGCCAAAUAUCCCUGGUCUUUUGAGGGUGCAAGUUUUCUUUAUUACGUUCAUUAUGUGUGGCAAAGUUCUUCUGCGUUGUAUUUGUUUUUGGUUACUUCCGGGGUUGAUUCGUUAUUUGGUUAUUACGUGUUUCAAAUGCGCGCUAUUUUUCGAAUGAUGAGUCACCAAUUAAAAAUUCUCACUCAUACCGAUGAGAACAAACGCAAAAUCAUUCGCGAAAUCGUGAACAUGCAUCAAGUGCUCAGCAAGUGUCGGGAUCAGGUCGAAAUGAUUUAUGGACCGAUCAUCCUCUGGAUUUUCAUCUCGAGUGCCGUUAUCAUAUGCACUCUCGUUUUUCAAGCUACUCAGACUCGGGAGCAGUCGGUUAGACAUGCAGUUCUAUUCUUCGUCUACAUAACCGUAAAAUUGGUUCAAGCUUUCAUGUACGCGUGGUACGGAAGUGUCGUCAUCACGGAGAGCGAAGAGUUUCGCAUUGCGAUUUACAGCUGCGACUGGCCUGGAUCCGGGGACAAAUAUUUGAUGAACAACAUUCUCAUAAUGAUGUGCACCAGACCAAUGGGGUUCACGGCCUGCAAAUUUCUCAUCAUCUCCACUGAUAUGUUCACUACGAUAAUCAACACUUCGAUGUCUUACUUCUUCUUACUGCGGACAAUGGAUGCAUAACACUGACCACAUUGUUCCGUCACGAUUCUCAUAGUUUAGAAAAAUUUUCCUCAUGAAUUAAAAUACUGUAAGGAGAAGACAAACAAAUAACUGUAUCACAAAUAUGUUACAGCGAGUAGUUUACGCAAAAAUAAAAUAGUAAA